CUAAUCUGAGAAAGGCCACUUCUUGUUCAAUGGAUGAUGGCAUUUGAGCAGAUACCAAGAAAGGAUUGGUACAGCAUUCUGGGUGCAGAUCCAUCUGCAAGUGUAUCCGACCUAAGACAAAAGUAUCAAAAACUCAUUUUAAUGUAUCAUCCAGACAAACAAAGUACAGAUGUACCAGCAGAAGUGGUGGAGGAAUGCGUACAGAAGUUCAUUGAAAUUGAUCAGGCGUGGAAGAUUCUAGGGAAUGAACAGACAAAAAAAGAGUAUGACCUGCAGCGGUGUGAAGAUGAGCUAAGAAAUAUCGGACCAGUAGAUGCACGAGUAUAUCUUGAAGAAAUGUCUUGGAAUAAAGAUGAUCACUCUUUUUCUCUGAGCUGCCGAUGUGGUGGAAAAUACAUUGUUUCUAAGGAUGAAGCAGAACAAGUUAACCUGAUUUCUUGUGAUACCUGUUCACUGAUUGUAGAACUCAUUCAUUAUAGCUGAAAUUAUUCACUAUUUGGAAAUAUUAACUAUAUUCGGAUAUGUUGAGAAUACAUUUGAGC